UUUGCUACCGCUGUGAUGCGAUGCAGCUGUCGUACUCCAAGUGCUCCAAGUGCCCCGACUUGACAAGUUCGUCCUCAUUAACCCGCACCGCUUGAGCGACGCCGGGGUACGUUGAAGGACUUAGUAUGGCCGUACGGAGAACUCGAAAAACGGCGCUGUCGGGGUGCGAAGGGCAUGACCGUGCGUGUGGAGGUGACGAUCUGUGAUGUGAAGUGUCGUCCAUGGCAGCGUCGCGAGUGGUGAACAGAAACCGCUGGUGCCGUCGACACUUUCCGUUCUUCGCGGUCGGUGUGGCCAUCCUCGUCGUCCAAGUCUUCCUCGGCUACUGCUUCUACACCGUACCGUCGUCCGAUGACGGCGCCGACGAGUACGCGAUCGCCAGGACGCGCCACGAAGCUGGCAAAUCCUCGUCCGAAUCUCAGGGGAGCCACGGGCGGCAGCAGAGUGCCCAGUCGGAUGACGAGUACGACGAGGACGAGAGUCCGGCCCGCCAGCGACCCGUGGCACGCAAGGGCGCCACUGCGGCCGGGGCCAACGCUUCGGAGGCCAUCGACUGGUCCCAGCUGGGGUUCGAGCCGGCGUGCGAGAUCACGGAGAAGGAUGCCUUGUCUGCCAUCCGUCGGGCGACCUCGCUGCACUGCAGGCGGGAGCUAGCCAACGUGACCUGCUUGGCGCAGGCCGGGACGCUGUACCCCGCCCGACUGCCCCGUUCCUGCGAGAGUGCCUCCGGGCGAGAGGCAGCGCCGGGACGUUCGCUGGGCUGCUACCAGGACGACCGGCAGCAACGGCUGCUGGAGCGGCUGGCUUCGCGCUCGCGGUCCAACGGCCCGUCGCACUGCGUCGGGCUCUGCCUGCGCCUGGGCUACCCCUGGGCCGGUCUCGAGUAUGGCCUCGAGUGCUUCUGCGGCAAGGGCGCCCCGCCGCCGCGGGAGCGCAGGUUGCCGGACGAUCGAUGCACCAUGGCCUGUCCCUCGAAUGCGACAGUCUCCUGUGGCGGCUACCUCGCCGUCCACGUCUUCGCAACAGGAAUCAGCAGUGAGGCAAAGGAGUCGGUGUGGCCCGUCGUGGGCGCGGUCCCUCCUCCGGCACGGAUCGCCUUCCUGCUCUCGGUGAAUGGCCGGGCGGUGCGUCAGGUGCUGCGUCUGCUCAAGGCCCUGUACCACGAGCGGCACGUCUUCUACAUCCACGUGGAUGCCCGCCAGGGCCACAUGCACCGGGCACUGUUGGAGCUGGAGAGCCGGCUGGGCAACGUGGUGCUGGCUCGGGAGCGGCUGGCCACCAUCUGGGGCGGCUCCAGCCUGCUCGAGAUGCUCCUCGGGGCCAUGGAGCGCCUGCUCAGGGACCACCCGCACUGGGACUACCUGGUCAACCUCAGCGAGACAGACUUCCCCCUCAAGCCGAGGGAGCGCCUGGAAGAGUUCCUGGCGGCGAACAUGGGGUCUAACUUCGUCAAGUCCCACGGCCAGGACACCCAGAGGUUCAUCAGCAAGCAGGCCCUGGAGCGCACAUUCCACGAGUGCGGGGGCCGCAUGUGGCGCCUGGGGCCCCGGCAGCUGCCCUGGGGCCUGAGACUGGACGGGGGCAGCGACUGGGUGGCCCUGCACCGGGACUUCUGCAGCUACGUGGCGCUCCCCGAACGCCAGGACGCGCUCCUCGCGGGGCUCAGGAGCCUCUUCGGGCACACGCUGCUGCCCGCGGAGUCGUUCUUCCACACGGCCCUGCAGAACAGUGCCUUCUGCUCCUCGGUGGUGGACAACAACCUGCGCCUGGUGAACUGGAAGCGCAGGCAGGGCUGCCAGUGCCAGCACCGCCACGUCGUGGACUGGUGCGGCUGCUCGCCCAACGUCUUCCGCCCGGACGACUGGCACCGCAUAAGGGCCACGAGAGACCGGCCGGUCUUCUUCGCCCGCAAGUUCGAGCCGGUGGUAAGCCGGCGGAUAGUGGACCAGCUGGAGCGCUGGAUCUCGGACCCGGCCUCCGAGGCUUCGACGGCGGCUCCGGUAGUGGCCGACACGGGCUACUGGCAGAGCCAGUACGAGCCGCUCGACGACGACGCCACGGUGGAGGAUUACCAGCUGACUGCGUACCAGAGCCUGACGCGGCUGGCGCUCUCGCGGGCAGAGUUCACAUGCUCUCAACCCCCGGAAGGCGGGCUUCACGUCCGGGGGGUCAGCCUCUAUUUCUACGGGGACCAGUUUCAGGGCCUGCUCGUGUCGUGGGGAAGUCCCUCCGCCACGACGGAAGCCUUCCUCUCGCCUCGCAACCACCGGCGAAAUGGCGACGCGGACCUCCCGGCGUCCGUCCGGCUCCGCCUGCUCCAGGUGGGCUCGCAGUACGACCCCAAGGAGCAGAUGCUCCGGGACUUCCCCCGCCUCCUCGGACCGCGCUCGGAGCCGGGGGCCCUCCACUCCUGGGGUGCCGGCCGGGCCCUCGCCGUGACCUUCGUCUGGGUGGACCCGGCCAAGGUCGUCGCCGGCUCGUACGAGGUCCGCGUCGAGUCUGGCCCGCAAACGCUGUUCCACCGGCCGGAGUUCCGCAAGCCGCUCCGUCCCGGCGCUUGGACGUUGCUUGUGUUCUACGAGUGGCGCCUGGUCGGGCAGACGCGGUUCCUGGUGCUGCCGGUCGUUCCGGCGGCGGGAGGCGCCGAGGCCGCGGCGGAGGUGAACGGCGGCCCGCGCGGACCGUACAUCGAUCACGACCUGUCGCGCGUCGAGGAGCAUCUUGGCUACUCGAGAGAGACGCGGGCCGCCCUGAAGGCGCAGGCAGACGCCGACGGGAGGCGCACGGGCCGGGAGCUGGAGCGGUGGGUCGACGCCCUGAUUGCCGAGUUUUGGACCUUCCAGGGCGCCUGCUCCAUCCGCAGCAGAGAUGCGGCCGAGGGCGACCGCUGCGGCGUCGGGUUGCCGGCGUGCGGGAAGACGGAGUGGAGCUCGUUCUCGUACGACGCGACGGUUCGGGUCGGGCGAGCGCCGACCUAGGUGGCGCCGCGGUUUGCCGGUUCGUCUGCAAGAUGGGCCCGAGGUACGGUGCCUGAAACGUGUCUCCGGCCGGUGCGGUUGACGUCCCAUUCCGCCCGUGCGUCGAAAGCGGUUUUGAAGUGGCAACAAACGACGCCAUAAAAGCUUCAGUGUCGUCCCGUCGGGUGUCGCAACCUCGGCGGUUGGGAUUGUGACACCCAACGCAAUUCCAACUGUGGGGAUUGCUGUCAUACCCGAGGAUACAACAGCAACCCUCGUGUAUGACCCUGCAAUUGGGCGUAGAAGUUCUGGGAAAAGGCGCGAGAGACCGCGAGCGUUACUGUCCUUGCGGCAUCCCAACACCCGGCUGCCGAAGCUUUUGCGACGUCAUGGGGGUAAAACGGAGGGACCACAGCAAACGCGCCGAUAGGAGGCACGCGCCAAGCGUCGUGACCGAGGAUCCGAAGCACGCUUGAUUUGUCCGAGAGCAAGAUGCCAGUGUGUCACCAGUGUUGCCCGUUCGAAACUGAGAACGACGCUCAUCGUUGUGUUUGUCGGGUUGUGGCGUCCUAGAAUGUCCCAGAAACGGUCCCAUUGUCUCGGAAGGGAGGGUGGUCUUCUGGAACAAACCUGUACAUCUCGAUUUGUCCCGGUAGCUUAUUAGAAGUGGAUUUGCCCGAAAUAUUGCGUGGCAAUUGGGCGUAAAAACUUUGCGAGCUGUCGCCAAUAAUUUAUUUCUCGUUUUGGAUUGCAGUUCAAUUUUCUGUUCCAAACUCUAUGGCGCCUCGCUACAGCACCACCUGACAGAGCAAGAAGAUGUAAUUACUGACAUUGAAAAUGCUGCGCAUGGGUAUUAACUUCCGCGUUCGGAAUUUCGGCUGGAAAAAAGCAGCUAUUUUGCUUUUUCAAGCGCUCUGUCCAAACUGUCUCAGUUUCUUUCCGAUCUUAACGGCGCAUCUGUUGUGCGUCGUAAUAGAAAGCGAAAAAAACACGCUGGUCGGCGGCUGACUUGGCGGUGUUCGGUGUUUCCACGACGAGCCUGUGGGAGACUGGGAUAAGGGAAAGAGCCCCACGAAACCAUGAGAACCUCUGCCAAAAAAGUAAGCUUGGCAACACUUUUUGUUGCACGGAAGCCACUGUGAAAUAGUAAGGCAGUUGAGUCACCAGUUGACGUGCUAAGCGGAGGCGUGUCUGGGCUUCUGUGAACUGGGUGUUUCAGGGAAGCAUUCCUACCACUAGGGUGGUUGAGAAGAAAAGAAACUUUUCGGAAACAAACUGCCAGUCGUGGUAGAUGUCAGGAUUUUCAUAAGACAUACUAAUUAGUAAGAUAAUUAGCUAAAAUUGACUAAUUAACUUUUUAAUUACUGAGAAUAAAUGUAUGGUUCCAUUCUCGGUUUCACAUUAACUUGGCGAACUACGGGGGCUGCGGCCCCGCAAUUCAAUAAGGGCAACGGAGCAAGGGACGUGUAAUUGUAAAUAUAUCGGCUUCAACUUUAGAAAAAAUACUUCAACAAGAAGAAAAAUACUUAAACACAAUAUAUGAAUGGCAGAGCACGCGAACAUGCAACGUCUCUUCAUGCCCGUGUCCCACUAGAGCGACAGACAGGAGCAAAAGACAGUGACAAGCCUCAAACCCAUGCAGCAUGCUCGCGAUGGUACCUUUGGCAGGCGUAUAGUCGUUCGGUGCUCGUGAAGAAACCACGAGCGAUUGCAAGCCUGCCAAAGACACCCUCGCGUGCGUGAUGCUCGUGUUUGAGCGUAGCCUCCUUUGUCCUACAAAGCCUCUCAAAUCGCGAAAGGCUCUGGUUUGAGGUUUGCCGCCGUCGUUUGUUUCUGCCUGUCGCUCUAGUGGGACACGGGCAUCAGGGAACAGCGGCAGGACAUCUGGCAGCUCAUUGCAGGACAUGCCAGUGUAGUGCAGCUUUUAACGCCACCACCUUCCUUGCCAGUAACAACAGUCCUUAUGCACGCAAGAUGCUUGAGGCAAAUGUCGCGUCCCAAACUACGACAACACGAGCUUGUAGCGGGUUAGUUGAAAAGACAAUAACUUUGAGGUAUUUCUGUGUAAAGGUUUCUGUAUAAUUUUGUAUAAGUGUAAUUAUCAGUAGUAAUCUUUACAAGUGCAAUAGGUUUAUUUUUGUAAUAAUUUUAUCGUGCUCUGAAUGAACAAGCGAACUCGCAAGGAAGAAGUUUACACUAAAACAUCGUUGGCAGUCAGCUGUUUGCCCUCUUAUGUCGUUUCUUUCUUCCUGUUUAAGUAUUUUUCUAAAGUUCAAGCUGAUAUAUUUACAAGUAUGUACCAACACGCUCGGCACUUAAACAUUAAACAUACCAUAGUAUCGCCACAGCAACAGCGCCGUCCACGACAAAAAGUAGUGAGACUUCUUUUCUUUUACUGGCCAUCGAAUUCGCGCUAUGCCAUCUCCAUCUACACUGCACUACGCUGCACAACACAGAAGAAAGACGAAAUGGUUGCCUUGUGAACUCUUCCCGACGAGCUUGCUACUCUAGCGGACGUUAAUGUUGCCGCAGUGGAAGUUUAUCCGAGGUUGGUUGGUUUCGCAGCAGACGACUCUUGGCAAGCAGACGACAGCCGCUUUCUCCGGGUGACGUGUUGUCACGUGCCUCGCUCCAGCGCUCUUAUUGGGCCAUGGGGUCUUUAGCCUUCACAGUUCGCCAAGUAUAACGAAGUAUAAUGAGAAACUUGUUGAGCGUCAUCGAAAACCCCCUAAGUGAGUCAAUUCUAGGAAGACUUCAAGCAUGCGUGAAGUGUGGGAGUGCACUAAAGUUUCCAGUUGUGCAGAAGGUACAAGCCUAUCUGUGAAAACGCGGAUGAUAAGAACAUCAUCUGUGGGCUCAAAAAUGUACAGGGGAGGAAAGCCAAACAACACUGAAGCGAAUCUAUAAAUUCGGACAGUAAAAUAGGUACAAGGACAAGAAUCGCCAAUUUUGUGGCACAGACGGGAACAAAAGCCUUAGAAGAAUGCCGUCCAGAUUUUUUUUAGAAAAGAACGCCGGAACUUUGGAACGAGUCGGCCUAAGAAAGACCGUUGUGACCUAGGUCAAACACAGCAAGACUCUCAUAUGAUGUUGGGAGGGCAUUGAGACGCAAUACUGUACAUUGGGAGUUCUAAAAAAUUUGAAUCCUGGCUCGCUGCGUUGAACGGCAACCGAGGAACUGUCCUGUACUUGCCAUUGAUCCAUUAAGGUGGUGCAGAACCUAAAGACCUUGUAAACGACAAUGGACAUGUUAAAGGAGUACGGAAACAAAAUUCCAGUGCUCAUUGUUUAGCUUUAAUCUGUUACAUGUUGCAUUUUAACCUCAAAAGUACCAGUCUUUUGUUGAAAUUCACAAGAAAACUAAUUUUAAAGCUAAUUAAAUCAUCUUUCAAUGUGCACCUGGUGGAUGCAUGUGGAGCCUAUUUGGGAGGUAAUCUAGCAACAUUGGGGAACUUGCUACGUAGUCAAGACGUAGCAGGUUCCAUCGGAGCAGCGCCGCUCUUUGGAAUUUCAACAUUUUCCUUAGCUUUCCUUCUCAACUCACAAAUCGCACAUUGUACCAAACAGUCCAAGAGGACGGAAAGGAGGGGCUCCCCUCUUUCUCGGACCCUCGUUUGUGUACCCGGACACAGCCAUUCUCCCUCUAGAAGAUUAGCCCGUCGCUCAAAAUUUGGACAAAAGUUGCUUUUCCCACCCCAUUCAGCCCUAAGUUGACAGUGCUGUGGAAGCUACGUGCUCCUUGGGCCAGCCCACGUCGCCCCACAGGUACUUCGAACAAUUCGGCUGUUACACGUUGAUGCUCUUGACACCCCCACAAUGCUGAAACGCCACCAACGGCACAGCUCAUAAUUACGCCACCCUUGCUACGUCAUGAAUGCGGGGAAUCUUUUUUCUUUUCUGUUUUCGUUUGCACCAGAUAUCCCAUGACGCAUCGCACUCUCCGUUCGCUUCUCUUCGAGCGCUUGCUCGAGUGCACCGUUUGAAACGAAAAAUAUAGCCAGUUCAAAAUACGAACGUGCGAUUAUCAUUUGCGGUUAUUAUCUGUCAUGCUUGACUCAUUUCCGAACGAAAUUUGAAUAUUUAAAUUUUUGUUUUCGUACCCCUUUGAAGGGGGACAUGGGUCUUUGAAGCCAAAAACUAUCUUAAAACUUCAUUCUUUUGAAAAUGGCAAUGUUGACCUCUACAACUGUUGUUCGAAUCUACCAGGUUUCUAAUUUUGUGAAUGAAUAUUAUAAAUCAAUUUAUAAUGUUUCUGCAGGUUGAAUGUGCGUUGAAGUUAACUCUAAAACACCGUUUUUACAAAACACAAUUUUUGAACUCAUUCAAAAAUUUGCAGGAAGGAUAUCUUAGCAUCUAGAGCACAUAGAAAUAUGACUUUUUUCUGAAACAUGUAGCUAAAUGUGUUUAUCCAUACAGUGUUGAGAGCAGAUAUUUUAAUAUAGGUCUAGGAAAUUUUUAAUUGACCUUUUAUUUUAUUAGUUGUUAGCCACACAUUGAGCACUGAACUUCAAUGUGCGGUAAAAUCACUACUAAUUGGUUAAUCUUCAAAUUACUUCUAACAUUGUAUUUUGUACACUUCGUAGUAUCUAACCAUGCGUUAAAGAUAAUGUUUUGUUGAGCAGUUUUUUUCCUGUUCCUCCAAACAAAGGCGGGCGAGUUUUAAUUAUCUUGAGGACAAUUCUACAGACUGAGAAAGUGACCAGAUAUUUGAAAUCAGCACAAAAAGCUGAACAGGCUUGUGCAGUGAUUUGAUCAUAAAAUAAGAAAAAAGCUCCAAGACCAGUGUUCCCACAUCAUCGUUGCAUUGCCCCUGUAAGGGGACAAUGCAAUGAUUUUUUCACUUUGCACAAAUACCGCAUAGAACGGAUCCCUGACGUUAUGACCUGUGAAGCACCCUUUAGUUUUUAACCACACGCAAUCGAAGUUGCAGAAAAAAUUAAAGGAAAAAGAGCAGCGUUCACCCCCUCAACUUGCAGCCAGAACAAGCAGCCACAUGAUCUGGAUCCGAUUAUAUGCCUCCAAUGUUGAUCAUAGACAUGCGCUGGGGUUGGCAAAGCACAGGACAUACGCUGAGUUCCAGACGUUUUUAUGGUUUGGCUAUUGUCGUUAUUGCAGCUACUGGAUAGAGGCAAUGGCACGGGCCCCUAUCCGAAUGCUCGUCGGGCUAUCGAUUAUGAAGAGUCCAAAUCGAGUGCUAACGCAAUGCUCAGGUUCAAUCUAUGAGCCGCAUUCAAGUACCGUCCUUGGGAGAUACUGUGACUGCCCAGCUACGUCAUCAAGUUUCGCAAAGGGGAGAUUGAAUGAAAACACUGUUUUUUGUCCUUGAAAUUACACCAUGACAAAGGAGUUCUUGGCCAGUGGCAUUGCGUGCGAGUAUCCUCGAGUCCCACUAGUGCCGGUAAGCUUGUGUGAAGAACAUUCCAAUUGAAUAUCGUUACACCGCCCCUUUAAGGAGCACUUGGUUCGUAGUUGUUUAUUCAUUCAUUUACUUUCUGUGCUCGUGAACAGCUGAUGCCUCGGCAAUUAUGCAUGAAUGGGUGGUCCAAGCCUGCUAAAAUUAUGCCGGAAAAACGCUUACUUGUUGAGACGGGAACGGUGAAGGUAAUCUGGGGGCUAAAAGAUUUCACGAGGGCACCCCGAGCUAAGCCUGCGUUCCUAGAACCACAGUUUGCUGUACAUUGAUUGGUUCCAUAAACAAAAUGUCUUUUUUUGAGUGAAAAAAUGUUGUACUUGGCUGCUUGUCAAGUGCCGGUCUGCCCCCUUAGCGUGACCUCUUCAGCCUCUGCUGCAAGAGUGUGCCUGUUGCAACGCGACUGCAAACACGACCUUAUCGGACGGAGUUUUACUUCUUUGAUAGGGUUGGAGGGAAAAAGAAACCAGGGGAGGACAUCGAAAGAAAAUUCAAGCAUACACAAGGUCGUACAUUUGACUGUUAUAAAGACGCUCUAUUACAUCACUUAUGCUUCAGAUUACAGAAGUUAUAGUUACGCUAUUUUCCAUUCUUCAUGAGGAGUGACAUUUAAAAAAGUGCUGGCUCAAAUUUAGGUGAGCCACAUUGUUAAAGGAGUAGUGUCGCACCAGAGGAACGGGAGAAUGGGGUGAUUUUAUGGGAGGGUCUCAACGGGUUGGGGAAACUCUUUUGUGACGUGUGGAAAACGUAGACAAUGGCAUCCAGAGAAUAGACACCGUUUUCUACUCUGGAAAAUAGCGUUGCUCGGGUCUUGCAACGAAUACCUCUCUCGAAGGAGAAAAGUUGUCUGGAAGGAGGCACGAGAGAAGGAGAGACAUUGUGAACGAUAAAGGCUGUAAACUGAGUUGGCCUUCCUUUUAACAUAGCUUUAUGCUGUACGAGCUGGGGCUCUUGCCGAAACAAGUAGUUAUCUACUUCCAUGUUUCGAUAGGGUGCGCAAGAAAGGAGAAAUAGUGAAAACAAUUGCGGAGGGUGUUUGCAUUUCCAAACACACUCCCCGGCUAUGCCACCCGGCAGUCGGAGCUAGAACCCAGGCAUGAACCUUCCAGAGGCCUGGGAACGGCCGCCGACAUUUUGCGCGGGGUUUGGUUGUGCAACGAGGAAUGGAAUACACUGUGACUGCACUGGUGUCGCAAGCGUGUACAAAUCAAGCGCGCCUCGUAAACAUUGUUUCGCCGUAACUUGGCAAAGAGCGGACGCUACAGCCCCCUCGAGCCAAUGGAAACGACACGAGCGAAGCACAUGACAGCUCUUAUCAAACGUAAAGGGGCGAGAGCGUCGCCGAAGCAGUUGGAGAGGUGGGGAAGGAGAAACUCCCCUCUUACUCGGACCCCAUUUUACGUGUCCCAGACAUUGCUCUUGUCCCCCCCUCGGAGUUUAGCCCGUCCCUCAAAAGUUGCGCAACAGCAACUUUCCUCCAUCCGCCUGUGGCUUCGACGGCACCGCGUGCAACCUACGAGAUGUAGAGCAUUAUCAUGCGUCUCCUUCCGACACAACGAUGGGCUCGCGGAAACUGUAGCCUUCACUGUUUGCAAAGUUAUGGUGAGAUGGAGUACGGUAGUACCCAACUUUCGCAGAAGAGAAGAAGGUGAGAAGGCACCGCAUCCUAUGCAGCCUCUUUUGAACUAGUCCGAGCUUGCUCGAAGUGUUGAGAGAUUUCUGUUUUACGAGUGCUUUUUGUUUCUCUGAUGACGCGUCGUGGUAGAAGAUUUUAGGCAUAGCUUGCUAGAUUAAAGUCUAAAGGCUCCGUUAUACUGGGACGUUGAGUGCAGCGAACGCGGCGUAGCGCAAGACGUGUGCCUUUUAUUGGCCGGCGAGCAGGAACUCGACAUCUGCGACCAAUCUGUACCUGUGUGCGUUGCAGUACGCCACGUUUGCUACGCUCGACGUCGGAGUGUAACGGAGCCUCAACUGGUACUAAGCCUAACUUGCACGACGUCUUAAUUGCUAUGCCUCAAUGUUUGACUUGCCAAGGCAGACUGCUCCUUAGGGCCUUUAUUUUUUCGAGUUUUCGACGGAGUGGCAGUUUAAAUGAGAGGUGGGUGCAGUUGUUGGAGAGCUUGUGAGCGCCACAAAUGCGAGCCUGCUUAAUACGCUACACCCGAAUGGAGUGCGGACAAACUAUGCUUUUUAACUGCACGGAAAGGGUUAAACGACUGAUUCUUACAUAUUCGCUGCCUUACGUCUUGUUUGGAGAUGCGAGAUCCAGAUUUGACACAUCCGGUAUUUAGACCUCUUCCAUCAGAAGAGGGAAGUUGCAGCAGACGUCAUCUGUCGGAUAUGUUUUGGGACAGAUGGGUGCUCUAUGCACAUACUCCUCUCUGCUUAAGAGGGCACGAUUUAUCCUUAGUGUUCAGAUGGUGUGAAGGAACCGUAAGUCUUUUAACUUUGUGCUGCGUGCCGUUCAAUGGAGGUCACUACGUCUCCCCGGCAGACGACCCGCAAUAACAGCGAAGGAAAGUCAUUGACCGUUUUCUACUUUCGUCCUUUGGAUACUCCAAUAAUGUGCUUUAUACCUCAUGCACGCUAUCGCAAUCAUCCAGACGAAGGAAUCCAUAUCUUCAUAUCGAAACAUAUCGUGCACCAUUUCCAAGGUAGCGGGGCGCCUCGUUGUCGCAUCCACGACCAUCCAACAUGGCACCGUCACAAUAGUUUACAAAGUGUCGUUUAGUGUUUUUGCAUUUCUACAAACUUUUUGGGGGUGGGGGAGGCGAGAUUUGAAGAGUGCCAUCCUUUGCUUCUGUCCGGCUUUCGACAACUUUUUGUUGUAAAGUGUAACCCAAAUUGCUGGCAUUUGUUUUAAAUGUUUCUUACAAAUUUGUUUAUUUUCCACAUACUGUCAGAAAGCUUACUCCUGUGUCGAGUCAUUUUAUGUGGUGUAAGCAAGUUGAACCAGAUGGUCAUUAUGACAGCCAUAGUGUUGCCAUUAGCAUGAUAUUGCACAGUUAAUGAAGGAUCGUGCGUGACAUUGCAUAGGGCCAUCAGAUUUUACGAAUGAAA